AUGCAUCGCUCUAUUGUAUCCUCGGUUGCAUUGGCUGCUGUCGUGCGGGAGGCUGUGGCUUCUGCCCCAGUCUUCAGCCGCGGCCUCUACAACGAAAGCACUGCGAACCAUACGUGCCAGCUAUACGACCCGAUCCUCUCGUGCUCCGCCGGUGCCCAAGCCGGGCUCACCGACUCGUGCUGCACAGAGACCUUCGGCGGGCUCGUCCUCGCCACCCAGUUCUGGGACGUCUACACCGGGCUUGAGUCCCGCGGCCAGCUGCUCCCGGCCGAGUCGUGGACCCUCCACGGCCUCUGGCCAGACUUCUGCAACGGUUCGUACACGCAGUACUGCGACUUGACCAGGCAGUACGACCCGGAGCCCUCCCCAAACACGACAACCGGGACCCCGUCCGGCGCGCCCGUCGUCCCCUACACGGGGCCCAACAUCGGCACCUUCCUGGAGCCCUUCGGGCGGUACGACCUGCUGGAGUACAUGAACACGUACUGGAUCGCCCAGGGCCAGCCCAACGGGGACUUUUGGGGCCACGAGUUCUCCAAGCACGCGACCUGCUACUCGACCUUUGACGUCGAGUGUUACGGCCCCCAGUACGUCCAGCACGAGGAGGUCGUCGACUUCUUCGCCACCGCCGUCGAGUACUUCCGCGGCCUCCCCACCUGGGAGUGGCUCGAAGCCGCGGGAAUCACGCCCAGCAACACGACCACGUACGACCUGUUCGACCUCCAGUCGGCCCUCGCGGACGCCUUUGGCGAGGUGCCGUACAUCGGGUGCUCGGGUCCGAGGUUCAACGAGACCGCGGCCGGGGCUGGAAGUCUGGACAACGGGAAAACGCAGUUGAGUGAGGUUUGGUAUUAUCACCAUGUCAACGGCAGACCGCAGGACUACGAUGCGGUGCCCGUGGCUGCAAACGCGACCGGUGGGAGCGUGGGCAACUGUGCCUCGACAGCCGGGGCAAUCCAUUACUUUGAGCGUGCGGUCGGCUCGGAAGCAUGA